AUAGAUCGACAUUUCGUUAGCUUACACAAUCUUGGACAAAGACAUUGUCAGUCCUCAUGAAGCAGCUCUUCCUGAGCGUGCUGCCAACUUACAUCUGAUCCCAAAAGACUACACGGAGGAAUUGGAAAUUACACCUGACGAAUUGUCGACCUAUAUGAAAGGAUCUAAAAAUAUGAAGGCCCCAGGUUUCGAUAAUACCCUGAACUUGGAACUCAAGAACAUCAGUCUCCAAUUCUACAUCAUUGGGCACUGAUUUUAAAUCAGUGCCUGUGAUUUAGCUACUUACUCUCGAGGGGCGAUUCACUAUACUACUAUACUGAAUUGAAAAUACACAUACGAAAAAAAUACACAGAAAUACAAAAAUACACAAUAAAUUCAAAAUUUAAUUAAAAAUACGCCACAUUCGAAAAAAUACAAAAAUUCAAAAUAAAAAUGCAAAAAUGUUCCAAUACGCGAGAAAUACAAUAACAGUUCGAAUUCGAUUUAAAUGCAUAAAUACGAUAGAAUUCAUGCAGCAGUGUACGAAUUCGGGAAUAAUGCGACGAUUACGUUAGAAAAUUUCCAUAAUAUUGAUGUUUACAAACAUCGGGACUGGACACCUGGCGACACCUGAAGCUGGAUAGGAUCCAAGCUUCCGGAACUUACCCAGAGCAAAAUCCGUCAUCCAAGCCGUCAACAAACUCCAUCGGGGAAAACAAUCCGUUAUUGGGUGAAUCUUAUUCAAAGGUUGCUGAUAAUGAUGCGGAAGAAGGUUCGUCAAUUUUUUGGAUCAUGUGAAAGAAGAACGCAGAGAUUAUUACUCAUGAGGAUAUUUUCCCAAAGUAAUUCCAGCGAAGAUUAAUCCCUGUGAAGUUCUAUCGGAUAUUGAUCAAGGGGAAGCUUUUUCGAAGUUUCCCCCAAGUGGAAUCUCUUGCUCUUUACUCCCAAAAUAAAUUUCUACGAAGACUCUUCCAAAAGCCGUAAUUCAAUUCCCCCUUAAAUUCCGCUAUGAGGAACUUCCUCGAAGAUUGCUUGAAGAAUCCCUUCCGGAAAUUUUCGAGAUAUUUAUACCGGGAUUUCUCUCUCCAUGUGCAUCUAACCCUUGAUCUAACCACAAACUUAGAGUUUGUGAUCUAACGGAAUUCCGCUACUAUGACAUACUCCUGGAAUUCUUUCACGAUAUUCACAUCAGCAUUUCUUCAAGAAUUCGUAAUAAUAAUUCUCCCGGCAGUGCCAUCACAAUUCUGUCAUAUAUGUCCACCGAAAUUUUUUCAUCAAUUUCGUCUUCAAUUCCACCAUGAAUUCCUUCGCCGAUUCUGAGGUCGAUUCCUUGACUUCUGGAGACAUUCCAGGAGAAGCUGACGGAAAAAUAUCAAGGCAAAAUGCUGGAAGAAUCCCAGGUAAAAGUUUCAGGAGGAAUCCGAGAUUGUAGAAGGAAUUCCUGGAGCCCUAGAAAGAAGUUCAGUGAAAGUUUCUGUGCCAAGCCACGACUAAUCUUAGAAGUCCCGGAGGAAUCACAAAGUCGUUCGUGUUUUUCCAAAACCUGUAGGAUGCCUGCGUCGAAUGCUAUGCUGAUCGGUGCUAUUUUGGUUGGGUGGAAAUGGUGGUUCAGUAACAGAAAACAAUACAAAUAUUGUAUUCUGUUUGCAGUAUUCGAAAACUUGGCUGAAUUUCGGCUUGUUUACAAACAUACAAUUCCCAAAUGCAGAAUGUGAAAAACAAUUCAAAAAUACACAUUUAUUUGAAAAAUACUCAAUUAUUGCAUCAAUACAUACCAAUUCUAAUUAAUUCCCAAAAGUGCAAAUCAAUGCACUAAUACAAAAAAUACAUGUCAAUGCACAAAAAAUACACCAAUUCGAUUUUCAAUACACAGGCCUGCAUCGAAAAUACAUGAGUGAAUCGCCCCUCGCUUACUCUCAUCCUGGAAAUCAGUUAAAAUCAUCCCCAUCAUCAGGAAAUCUGGGAAGGAUCCUCCCUCAUUCAAAAGCUACAGACGCAUUAGCUUUCUCUCAGCGUUGUCUAAACAGUUCGGUUUUCGCCGCGGCCGAUCCACCGUGCACCAACUGUUUCGAGACACAAACAUCAUCAGACGGAACAAGUCCCUUAUUCCAAAGCCUCCGUUAUGGCGUUGCUCGAUGUUGAAAAAGCAUUCGACAACGUCCUGGCACGAUGGCCUGGUGUUCAAGCUGCAGCAGUCGUACGGUAGUAAACACAAUCUUCGCAACUACAGUAGACGUUCGAUAAGUGCAACAUGUUUACGUUUCAGUUACCGAAUGAAAUUCGCUAACUGCAACGACUGACAGCCGUCAAACAGUUGUCAAAUGCUGUUGGACGCAGCCAGAAUGCACUCAAAAACAUCGCAAUGCAGGUGAAGUGCAUCCGAAAAACAUCGCAACUCUGUUGACGUUUUGUUUUUGACAGAUAGCGGUGCGAUAACUGCAAAAUUGUUGCACUUAGCGGACUUGCAGUUAAAAAACAUUGCAGUUAAACCGUUUGCACCGAGCGAACGUCUACUGUAUCUGGUAGUUUAAUAAUUAUUGUUUAUCGUUAAACCUAUCUUUCUUUUCUGGACAACACAAUCCUGCUGGAGCUAGCAAUAUAGGUGAAUACAUAACGAAGCCUCGAAUUUUCAAGAGCACAAAUCUGAGGAACCAAAAGACGGAUUGCGCUGAAAAGUUGAUCGAUUAGUAAUCCGCUGGAGGUGAUUUUUUUUUGUUCGUCAGAGAUCUAAAGAACGCAGCCUUCAUGACCAUCAGUCAGAAGAAGAAAGACGUCUAUUUUGUUUGUAAACAAUAUUGGUUCGAAGCGACGUCAGCAGGGACGCCAGUCUUUCCUAUUCAGUGCAAUCCAUUUCCGAAAAAAAAAGUCCAACGCAAUGACGACGGUCAACCCAUCAGCAUCACGGGAAGCUACAACCGGAACCGGUGGAAAGACCUUGAAGCCCAUCAAAACCAGGAUGCGCUUCAAGAAGGACGACGUUCGCCAGUGCCGGCUCUGUUUACGAAUGCUUCCGCGGGACGGCUUCCGCCUAACGGGUGAGCAGUCCGACGACGGUCGGAGCGACUUCCGGCGCCGGAUUGACGAUGCCGUCGGAGUGAAAAUCGUCGACCAAGACCGAGUUAGGUCCGUAUGCAGUGGUUGUGCGCUUCUGGUGGACAUGAUAAGCGAGUUUCGGGGAACCUGUCGUAAGGCGGAAACUAUUCAUAGGGGGCGACUACUGAUGAUGCACCCCGGAAGUUGGGCUAGUGAAGAGAACAAGAAAACGUUGGAGGAUUGUCGCAACCUGGUGAAACGCAACGCAGCCGAGAUGGAUGUGUUGUUCAAGUAUUACGAGCAGAAGAAUGUGGAGACCCAGCAGCGACUGGAACGGAAGGCCAAACAGCAAUCCGCGAAUGGACCACAGAUAGGUCGGCUGCCGAGGACUCUGUUCAACGAGGACGAUGACUUGGACAUGACUCUGCUGCAGCCCACUGCGGCACCGAAUCCAUCGUUGGGGUCCGCAGUCCAGUCGAAUCGUGGUGCUGAGAAAGGAUUGGCCUUGUGUGAUAUUUGCGGUAAAAUUAUGGAGCCAUACAAUAUGCAGUACCAUAUGAACAAGCAUACGGGAGACCGGCCGUUUGCUUGCGAGCAGGAAGGUUGCGGCCAGAGAUUUUUCAACUUUAAAGUGCUACAGUAUCACAUUCAAAGGGUGCACUGCGAAAGCAUGCUUGAGUGCAGCGUUUGCCAGCGUAAGGUAAAGGGGAAACUGCAACUUAAGAUGCACAUGCUGGUCCACCAGGACAGCCGGCUGCCCAAUAAUCGGAAGACGGCAUGUAAGGUUUGCGGUAAAUUAUUUUACAAGGGUUACAUAAAGGAUCACAUGGCCGUUCACACGGGGAAGCUAGCACAUGCCUGUGAGUUCUGCGGUCGACGGUUUGCCGCCAGUAAUAAUCUGUGUACGCAUCGGAAGAAGGCUCAUCCGGAUGCGAAACCUAUUUCUAGUAAGACGUUCCAGCAGCAGCAGCAACAGAGCGAUUCUUCGAAUGACGGUUGAACACUGGAACCAGAACAUGGGCGUUUACUUGCAAAUACAUGGAAUGCUGUAUAUAUCUUCAGAACACGUCUGGUGUUACGUACGUGAAGUCAAGUGAUGGGUUCCGUAGUGCGAUUAAGCUGAAAUGUCCAGGGAACAAUACUACGUAUCACCAUUGCUACCGGCUGAAUCUUUUCUUUAGUCUGUAACUGUCUGUAACGGUACUGUACUAUUGAAAUAAAACCUUUGUUAGAUUGUA